AUUGUGAUAAUAAAUUGAAGUUGAUAAAUAUGCGCAUUGUCUAUGUCAAUUGAUUUGCUCAAAAACCCUUCAUUCGUAGAAAAACUGGAUAUUUCGUAAGGAAGAGCUGCCAUUUGAGGUGGUUGAGUUUACAGCUGAGCGGCAAAAUGAACAUAUUGGAAUUGACUUAUUGGAAAUCUUCAAGCUUCUUGCCGUAUUUAGAAUGAUCUCGUGGCUAAGAAGCAACAACGUGUGUGUAUGUGUGUCGUUCAUUCGAAAGGCGGUAUUUAAACUGCGUCAAGCUACUGAUUUAGAAAAUUCAAGCAAUGUACGCGAAGCCGUCGUCGAAAUGCGUACACACUCGAACCAAGCAUAAAUUGGUGGGGUUCGCGUUUAUAAGGAACUCGAAGAACAUGAAUCUGAUCAGUCGAUAUCCAUCGUGAGCAUUGCAAAUAACUAGCAACGGAGGAGCUGCGAACAAGAAAGUGAUUAAAAAAAUUUGAUUAAGUGUUGAAGGAAUUUGUUGGGUUUUUUUUCUCUCUAUCUCCAUUUCUUGUCACAAAAGAAAGUGCAAAUCGAAAUGAAGGAAUACUUGGUAUACAGCUGUCUGAUUAUUCUUGUCUAUUGCUUGACAGGCAUCAAUUCACAGCUGGGCCCAUUUGAACCGAGGUUUUCCAUUCCAGGUGCAGUUAUUACACCAGUUCGACAGCCAAUCCAGUAUCGCAAUGAACGUUUGGUUGCACCACCACACGGUGGCUUCUUGCGUGCACGUCGUCCAGUCUUAGCGACUCCAGUCCGUCCAAACAACGUUCCAUUCGCAAAUCAAAACAGUCUCAACGAAGAUGCAAAACCGGUGACGGAAGAGAAUGAAUCUGGCGAAACACCAUCUUUCAUCGCACAACAACAACCACAUCAGCAACCAUAUAUACCACAAGUUCAGACACUCCAACAACAGCCUCUUAAACAUCAAUUGCCAGCGGUUCUUUAUACAACGGAUGAAAAUGGUGAAGUUUUAGAUCAUCAUCGACCACUUAUUGAUUUCUCAACAACGCCACGAUUCGUGCAACCAGCUCAAGAAAUUCUACCAACAACGGUCCGAACGACUGGCAGCGCACAACGAUUUGUUGUCAAUCAAGAUCGUCCAGUUCAAAGUGCACUUCAGGGAACUACUAAACCACCGCUUCGUGCCCGGCCUGAAUACCGCGAACCAAGACCACACUUCGAAGCAAAAGAAUUGACACCAAUUCGUCGGCCACAACAACAAGUUGAAUUCUUGAAUGUCAAACCUCGUCCACAUCACCAUGAACAUGAUGAUCGUGAAAAGAAGCCGGUCGCUCAGAUUUUGCGUAAAUACCGUGAGGAAAACGAAGAUGGUACAAUCAAUUGGGGCUUUGAAAACGAUGACGGUUCAUUCAAAGAAGAAAUUAUCGGAAACGACUGCAUUACACGUGGGCGAUACGGUUAUGUUGAUCCGGAUGGUGUGAAGCGGGAGUAUAACUAUGAAACGGGUAUUCAAUGCGAUCCAAAUAAACGUGACCAAGAAGAACAGGAUGAAAUCGAAGAUGAAGGUGGUCGUCCAAAUUUAGCCGAUAACGGUGCAUACAUCGAUUAUCAAGAAAAUCAAAUGGUUCUACCAAAUGGCCAACGCAUCAGUUUGAAUGGCAAAGGAAAGACAAGAAGACCGAAUCACAACUAAAUAAAAAAAAGAACAUCGACGCAGUGAAGCUAGAGAAAUACAAGUACAUAUCCGGUUCGAACAAGUGGACGCUUCACAAUAUCGUAUCUUUAAGUAAAAGACUUUAGUUAUUCUUUCUAUAAAUUUUGUUUUUAUUUUUUAGAUUAAGAUUUUACAAAAUGAUUGCUAAAAACGAAAUACUUUUUUAUAUUGCGAAUGUAAUGAUUGUGAGAAACAAACCGAAUAAAUGAUGAGUCUUUCUA